UGAGCCAUUUUCUUUUUGACUAAAAGCCCCCGCCCAGAGGCCGAUUCGUCGCGGCGGCGGUGGGGAUCGCAGGUCGCUCAGUCUUGCAGAUGGGUCAGGGGCUGUGGAGAGUGGCCAGAAACCAGCAGCUACAGCAAGAAGGUUAUAGUGAGCAAGGCUACCUCAGCAGAGAGCAGAGCAGGAGGAUGGCUGCCAACAACAUCGCUAACACCAGUCAUCGUAAACAAGUCCAGGGAGGCAUUGAUAUAUAUCAUCUUCUGAAAGCACGGAAAUCUAAAGAACAGGAAGGAUUCAUUAAUUUGGAAAUGUUGCCCCCUGAGCUAAGCUUUACCAUCUUGUCCUACCUGAACGCAACUGACCUCUGCUUAGCUUCAUGUGUUUGGCAGGACCUUGCGAAUGAUGAACUUCUCUGGCAAGGGUUGUGUAAAUCCACUUGGGGUCACUGUUCCAUAUAUAAUAAGAACCCACCUCUAGGAUUUUCUUUCAGAAAAUUGUAUAUGCAGCUGGAUGAAGGCAGCCUUACCUUUAAUGCUAACCCAGAGGAGGGAGUGAACUACUUUAUGUCCAAGGGUAUCCUAGAUGAUUCACCAAAGGAAAUAGCAAAGUUUAUCUUCUGUACAAGAACACUAAAUUGGAAAAAACUGAGAAUCUAUCUUGAUGAAAGGAGAGAUGUCUUGGAUGACCUUGUAACGUUGCAUAAUUUUAGAAAUCAGUUUUUGCCUAAUGCACUGAGAGAAUUUUUUCGUCAUAUCCAUGCCCCUGAAGAGCGUGGGGAGUAUCUUGAAACUCUCAUAACAAAGUUCUCACAUAGAUUCUGUGCUUGUAACCCCGAUUUAAUGCGAGAACUUGGCCUUAGUCCUGAUGCUGUCUAUGUACUGUGCUACUCUUUGAUUCUACUUUCCAUUGACCUCACUAGCCCUCAUGUGAAGAAUAAAAUGUCAAAAAGAGAAUUUAUUCGAAAUACCCGUCGUGCUGCUCAAAACAUUAGUGAAGAUUUUGUAGGGCACCUUUAUGACAACAUCUACCUUAUUGGCCAUGUGGCUGCAUAAAAGCACAAUUGCUAGGACUUCAACUAUUAACUUCAAACUAAAGUUACCCAAGGACUUAUUUAGCAGAUAUGGGGUUACAUUAGUGCUGGUCAUUCUAGCCUCUGUAUACAAUCAAGCUCGAGAGUACAUCUUUUUUUUUCCCUUUUACUAUUUUCUUUUUUAGUAAUUUCCUUGGGGAACUAAAGAAUUUUGCAGAAUUUUUUUUAAUUUUGCUUAUCAUGUUUUGCACAAAGCAGAGCCAUUGCCUGACACAGCUGUUUAAGAAUGUUCAACUGACAUUAUACUCUAAAAGAUGGUAUAUUUGUGCAUUAGAUUUGCUUGAAAAACUACUCAUUUUCAUUCUUUUUUAAAAUACCAUGUAAUGUGUACAUAUUUAACUGAAGAGAUUUAUAAUCAUAAUUAUUUUAUUGUAAAGAUUUUAACUAAAGCCCUUCCUUUUUCUCUCAAACUGAGUUCUGAAAUUUAUUUGAUUCUGAUAUGAGCUUAUUACUGUCUUCAUAAAAGUUGGAUCUGACUUGGAUAAAGACAAAUACCAGUUUCUCUUUCCUUUGAACUUUAUAAGAAUAUAGAUUUAUUACUAGUAAUA